AGCCCCUAUAUUCAGCUGUUUUCAUUCGAAAGCAAAACAAUGAGCCAGGAAUCUGGAGUCGCCAGUACUAGAAAAUGGGCGGUUUUGGCCGCUGGAGUGGGCUUAGUCUAUGUUUUGGUGCGGAACAGACAGACGCUGCUGGGUCCCCUGCGUCGAGUCUGGACUUCCGGCGGUCUUCUGCCCCAACGUCAAAUAGAAGUGAUAAACUCCGUUCAGGAUCCUGCCACGCAAUGGGUUUUGAAUGAACUAAAGAAACACUGUCAGAAUUUUAAAGUCCUUGGAUUUGACUGCGAAUGGAUUACAGUAGGGGGAAGUCGGAGGCCAGUGGCCCUUCUUCAACUAAGUUCGCAUCAGGGAUUGUGUGCCCUAUUCCGUCUUUGUCAUAUGAAACAAAUACCUAAAGAUCUAAGAGAGCUUCUUGAAGAUGAUUCCGUGAUCAAAGUGGGCGUGGCACCACAAGAAGAUGCCAUGAAGCUUUCGCAUGACUAUGGAGUGGGCGUCGCUAGUACUCUGGAUCUUCGGUUUCUGUGCGUUAUGGCUGGCCACAAGCCGGAAGGAUUGGGCAAGCUAUCCGAUACACAUCUCAACUAUAAGCUGGACAAACACUGGCGCCUAGUCUGCUCCAAUUGGGAAGCCAAGCAACUGGAACCUAAACAGCUAAACUAUGCUGCCAAUGAUGCCCUGGUGGCCGUGGCCAUUUACCGGAAGCUGUGCAGGGAUCUGGAACCCAAAUACUUUUGGCAACGAUGCGCACCGGAUGAUACAAGUCUGCGAAAUAAAUUCGAGCCAUUCCUGGACGUCGACUUUACAAAAGGAUUCACACUCAACCCGACCGGAAGUGGAAUGACUCGCUCGAAGGGUUCUGCACAGCCCCAAGGCAAAAAGUGGAUGCUCAAAAAACAACCUUACCGGCAAAUGGCCACCAGGUCCAAAGACUUUUACGACAACUGCCUGCUCCAAGCGCCCGAUGGCGAACUUCUUUGCACCAUCGACAGACGCAAGGCUUCCUGGUAUAUCAAUCAAAAUCUCGGGACACAAAUUAGUGAGGAACCCUUUACCGUGCGACUUAAUUUCGAACCUGCGGGACGAGCCGUGGGCGAUGUUGGUCGCUACUACCAAACACCUAAGGAAAACCAGUGCGUUGUGUGUGGCGAACGAGAUGCCUACAUCCGGAAAAAUGUAGUUCCGAGGGAGUACAGAAAGCAUUUUCCGAUGGUCAUGAAGUCCCACACCUCCCACGACGUGCUGCUUCUUUGUCCCACCUGCCACCAGUUGAGCAACAUUUCGGAUCUAAGAGUGCGCAACAAACUAGCCACCCAGUGCCAAGCACCUUUCAAACGCGAAGAUGGAUCAGUCAAGUACCACGAUGAUCCGGAGCUGAAGCGCGUUCAAUCUGCAGGAAAGGCCCUACUCCACCAUGGCGCAAAGAUACCCGCUCCUAAAGUAGCGGAAAUGCAGAAAACACUCCUCGAAUACUACACUGAGCAAUCUGAGGUAACGGAAGAUCUCCUUCGUCAGGCAGCUAGUGUAGAAUACCGCAUUGAGAACUCCGACUAUUGCCAGCACGGGGAGCGGGUGGUACAGCAGUAUCGCGAAAAAUUCGGUGGUCUUGUGGAACUGGAACGUUUGUGGCGAGAGCAUUUUCUGCACACUAUGCAACCCCAAUUCCUUCCCGAACUCUGGAACGUCAACCACAAUGCUGACCGAUUGGAGGUCCGAGCCAGCGAGGGACGCGUGGAUAAAGCAGAUCUUCUAGUAGCCGGAUUGGAUGCGAAAGUUAAAAUCAUAUGAUGCAGGGUAUAUCUGAGUUUGCCGCCGGCUUUGUACGUUUUAUAUUUAAAUUUCAAUAAUAAACUAAAAUUUGAUUUGUG